AUGAAAACAAAAGUCAAGUCUGUGUGGAAUAACAUCAGAUAUGGUUGGACAUUCAAGUCAAAACCCAGCUUCAAAUGUGAUAGUCCUCUUUACAUUUUAGGCAAAUGUUACUUCAGAAAGAAAGAUGAUCAAACCACAACCACGGAAGACCAGUUCCUAAUGGAUUUUGUCAGUCGUAUCUGGUUGACAUAUCGGAGCAACUUUUACCCUAUUCCUGGAACCAAGUUAAGCACAGAUUGUGGCUGGGGUUGUAUGCUCCGCACUGGUCAGAUGCUGAUUGCUCAGUGUUUAGUGACUCAUUUUCUAGGAAGAGAUUGGCGUCUGUAUGACAAGCAGACAGAUGCUGAAAACACAUUUUACCGAGCGAUAAUACGGUGGUUUUCUGAUCCCAUUGAUACUCCAUCAGACAAGACUCCAUUCUGCUUGCAUCAUUUGGCCAGUUUUGGCAGAGCUUACAACAAAGACCCUGGCGAAUGGUAUGGACCAGCAUCAGUAGCGUACAUUUUCAGGGAUGCUUUUGCCAAAGCCAGGCAUACAGUCCCAGUUCUAAGUCAGCUGUGUGUCUAUGUUUCUCAAGACUGUACAGUGUACAUAGACGAUGUCAUCAAAAUGUGCACAGAGAGACAACAAUCAGAAAGUGUGGGCAGUACAUCUGAAUGUGAUUCUGAAGCAGCAUCUUCAUGUCAGGGAACUGAAAAAUGGCAGAGAUCUCUAAUACUUCUAAUACCGAUCCGCCUGGGAGGAGAAACGAUGAAUGAGAUCUAUAUUCCUUGUGUCCAGCAGCUCUUAUCCCAAGAAAACUGCAUGGGUAUCAUUGGUGGAAAACCUAAACAUUCCUUGUAUUUUAUUGGCUGGCAAGAUGAUAAACUUAUCUACCUAGACCCUCAUUUGUGCAGAGAAGCAGUGGAUACAACUAGCUCAGAUUUCAGGAUAGAGACUUACCACUGCAUGACUCCAAGGAGGCUGGCCAUUACCAAGAUGGAUCCCAGUUGUACAGUAGGGUUCUACAUCAAGGAUGAACAAGAUUUCAAGCAUUUUGUACAGCAGGUUACACAGUAUGCGUCUCCACCAGAUGAGAAGGGAGCUUACCCUCUGUUCAUCUUUGCAGAUGGGCACAUGAAUGAGUCUUCUUUGAAGCAAGUUUAUCCUACUGUUGACAGGAGGGUCCGAUUGACCCAUUACCAUAUGGACCAGAAUGGGCAGAGACGCCGAACAUUUUCCAAUGAUUCUGAAGAAUUUGUGAUGUUGUGA